AUGCAGCCGUAUACGGCUCCCGGCGGCAUGGACGCCUUCGAGCACUAUUUCCAAGCGGCGGACGCGGACAGGGACGGCCGGAUCAGCGGUGCCGAAGCCGUCGCCUUCUUCCAGGGAUGCGGCCUCCCCCAGAUGACCCUCGCCAAGGUCUGGCAGUAUGCGGAUUCGCGCCAAGCCGGUUUCCUCCACCGACCAGAGUUCUUUCACGCGCUUCGCCUCAUCACCGUCGCCCAAUCCGGUCGCGAUAUCAACCCGGACGUGGCCCGAGCCACCUUCUCAGGCCCGGCGGUGGCUCAGAUCCCCGCACCUAGGAUCACCGUGCCUCCGAGGCCUGGAGCUGCUGCCAGACCAGGCGGGCCGCCAGGUCCGGUUGGUUCGGGUGCUCCCGGACCUGGAGCACCGGGAGCACCACCACCAGUGCAGCAGGUAAGUCCGAGAGAACAGAAGAGGUAA